GCAUUUAAAAUAACGUUUAAAGUUAUACAAAAGUUGUUCAAUGAGCCUCAACUAUUUUAUGUAAUAAAGCGCGAGUCAUUGUGGUCAACUGCCAUCUGAGUUUGCGCAUGACUGUCUGCAGGUUUUGCUGGAUUAGCAAAUAGUGGCAUGGGAGUUUAGCAGGGAAAAAAACACGUGUUUAUUUGUUUUUUUUUGUCAUUACGUUUUAGUGUGCUAUUAUAUGACUGUAGUGAUGAGAUUGUUGCCUUUCUGUGAGUAAUACAAGAGUUAAAUCAAGUUGUCUGAAAGGCACAUUCAAUUCAUCAGUUGACAUCUUUUGAAAGUGUGUGCUUUAGUAUUAAUCAUACAGUUCAACCCUUGGCUAUUCAGAGCACCAACACCUGCGUUACAACCCUCUGAGGGACAGCUGGGUUCUGGUCUCAGCCCACCGCAUGAAGAGACCCUGGGCUGGCCAGGUGGAAAAACCUCCUGAAGAGCAUAUACCCAGAUACGAUCCCCACAAUCCACUGUGCCCUGGAAACACACGUGCCAAUUUGGAGGUGAACCCAGACUAUAAAGACACUUUUGUGUUUGAAAAUGACUUCCCUGCCCUCCAGCCAAAUGCUCCAGAUCCCGGCCCAGAUCAACAUCCAUUGUUCCAGUCUAAAGCUGCCAGAGGGGUGUGUAAGGUCAUGUGUUUCCAUCCCUGGUCUGAUGUCACACUCCCCCUCAUGAAAAAAGAAGAGGUUGUCAAGGUAAUUGACAAGUGGGCGGAGCUUGCAGAACAACUAGGUGCCACUUACCCCUGGGUUCAGAUAUUUGAAAAUAAAGGAGCUAUGAUGGGUUGUUCCAAUCCACAUCCUCACUGUCAGGUAUGGGCGAGCAACUUCUUGCCAAAUGAGCCAGCGCUGUCAGAUCGCUGUCAGAGAGCGUUCUACGAGAAACACAAAGAGCCGCUGCUGCUGCAAUAUGCCAAGCAAGAAACUGAGAAAAAGGAGCGGUUGGUGGUGAUGAACGCUGACUGGCUGGCAGUGGUUCCUUAUUGGGCAACGUGGCCCUACCAGCUGCUACUGUUACCUCGGCGACAUGUCCUCAGAAUCAGUGAUCUGACCACAGAGGAGAGGGGAAGUCUGGCUGACAUUAUGAAGCAACUGCUGACGAAGUACGACAAUCUGUUCGAGUCAUCCUUUCCCUACAGUAUGGGCUGGCAUGGAGCUCCGACUGGGCCACACUUAAAGGAAGACAACUCCCACUGGCAGCUACACGCUCACUACUACCCUCCUCUGCUGCGCUCGGCCACAGUGAGGAAGUUCAUGGUGGGCUAUGAGAUGCUCGCCCAGGAGCAGAGAGACCUCACUCCUGAACAGGCUGCAGAGAAGUUACGGAAUCUACCAAAUGAGCACUAUAAAAGCAGACAAGAACAAGGAGAAGAUUCUUUUUUGGCACCGCUUCACUUGUGAACUAAAGAGGUGAGCUGAGACUCCAGGCUUCGAUGCUCUGCUGAGAAUUAAUGGGGCACAAACAAAGGACAUCAUUGGUCAC